CCCAUCCCUCGGUCCCAUCGAAACCCUCACCACCUCCGCUCGGCCUGUUUGUUCACCUCCCUCCCCACCCCCACCGCAGCACAAUCCUCGCAGCCGCACUCCGCCCCUCGUGCUCUCCGCCUCAGAUCCCCAGCCUCCGCCCGGCGCCCUCGCCGCAUUGCCAUUCCCCCGAGUCGACACCUGCUGUGUUUCCACAUAAACUACGAUGGGUGCAUCUGCAGCUACUGGCAUGCAGAUGGUGGCGGCGCGCCCUUGCAUCCCGGCUUGCCAGCGAAUGCUUGGGUCGAGAUCUGUAGUUUCUGCAUUCGGAAGGGCGCUCAGCACCAGAACUGGCUUUGCAAGCUGUGUUAAAACCGCAUCAGCAGGACCGCUCAUUUCUGUAACUCGCAAGAGCUUUGCUGUCAGGGCGAUGUCUCAGGGAGCUGUCCAGGGCCUCCCCAUUGAUCUCAGAGGUAAAAGAGCAUUUAUUGCUGGAGUCGCUGACGAUAAUGGUUAUGGCUGGGCAAUAGCCAAGGCUCUUGCUGCAGCUGGUGCUGAAAUUCUUGUUGGUACAUGGGUGCCUGCACUGAACAUAUUUGAGACAAGCUUGAGACGUGGAAAGUUUGAUGAAUCACGGAAGCUGCCUGAUGGAUCCCUUAUGGAGAUUACUAAAGUCUAUCCACUGGAUGCAGUUUUUGACUCCCUGGAGGAUGUUCCUGAAGAUGUCAAAGCAAAUAAGAGGUACGCGGGGUCCUCAAAAUGGACUGUGAAGGAAGUUGCUGAAACUGUGAAGGAUGAUUUCGGCAGCAUUGAUAUCCUUGUGCAUUCUCUUGCCAAUGGUCCUGAGGUAACAAAGCCCUUGCUGGAGACAUCAAGAAGUGGCUACCUUGCUGCAGUUUCAGCAUCUAGUUACUCGUUCAUCUCUUUACUUCAGCACUUCCUUCCCAUCAUGAAUCCAGGAGGUGCUAGUAUCUCUUUGACAUACAUUGCUUCGGAAAGGACAAUCCCUGGCUAUGGCGGUGGCAUGAGUUCAGCAAAGGCAGCACUUGAGAGUGAUACAAGAGUUCUUGCUUUUGAAGCAGGCCGAAAGGGCAAAAUCAGAGUGAACACUAUAUCAGCAGGUCCAUUGGGGAGCAGAGCUGCAAAGGCUAUUGGAUUCAUCGAGAAGAUGAUCGAGUACUCCUAUGUUAAUGCACCAUUGCAGAAGGAACUCUUGGCAGAGGAAGUGGGGAACGCAGCAGCAUUCUUGGUGUCUCCGUUGGCAUCUGCAAUCACUGGUUCAACUGUUUAUGUCGACAAUGGACUCAACACGAUGGCGCUCGCGGUUGACAGUCCUACUUUGUCUACAUAAGCAUUCUCCUGAACGGGGUGUAGUGAGUUCGAGUGGUCUGUCACUGGUCCUCUCCAAAACUAGGCUGUUCGUGUAGUUUGAGAUGAAUUUGUGAGAGAGAUGGUAGUAGCUUGAGGAUAGAAAGUUGCUGAAGCAUGGAUGAUUGUGUGCCGUGCUUUGGCUACUCCGGACUACAAGUUGUCAUGAAGAAAUAGAAGUAUGAUAGCGCAAUACAUUGGUCUGUUAUAUCAUGUUGUGCCUUGGAUUUGGAAGAGGAGACAAAAGAAGAAAGUGAAAUUGAAUAAAAGUAUUGCAUUUUGGCGAUA